AUGCCUCGCUCAUUCUUGGUAAGGAGAAACCGCUCUGCUGUGGGAGUGACUGGAUGGGGGCAUCUUGUGGAUGCAGACCGAGGAGACUUGUACAUUCCAGACUCCAUACUUUGGCCUUAUUCACCAGAAGGUCGAACACAGGCUCCAACAGCUGCUGAGUGCAAAACUUUUUCUAUUUGGUUUUUAUUUUUUUUCUUCUGUGCUAUCAUUCUUCUUCUUUUCCCCCAGGGUCCGUAUUCUUGCCGGGCUUGCAGGAAGACUUUUCCACUGCAACGUAUGUUGACCCGUCACCUGAAGUGUCACAGCAUGCAGAAGAGGCACCGCUGCCCGUGCUGUUCUAAAGGGUUUAACGAUACAUUUGAUCUGAAACGUCACAUGAGGACUCACACAGGUAUCAGACCAUACAAGUGUCCAGCCUGUGAGAAGUCUUUUACUCAGCGCUGCUCGCUGGAAUCUCAUCUGCGCAAGAUCCACGGGGUGCUACAGAGUUAUGCCUACCGCCAGCGCCGCUCCAAGAUCUACGUAUGUGAGGAAUGCGGCUUUACAUCGUCCAGCGCUGACACCUACACACUACAUGUCAUAGAGGUCCAUCCCACCAACCCCAUGCUAUCCAAACACCUACGGAAACGAGUAUCUGGUGUUCUUAGAGGGGAGAUGGGAGGUCUGAUGCAUCCAACGCCAUGUUACCUUGCAACGCAUGUCUCAACAAGAUGACUGACAUUAUGAGACUGGGAAUUUCUUCUAAGAAAUCAGGAGGGGAAAUAAAGAGCCACUCCAUCAGUAUUUUUCUCUUGUUUGGGUGAGACAGGAUGACAGUGGCCUACUCUCAAAUCCUUGUAAGAAGAGCUUGGAUUUUCAGUUGAGCUAUUCAUGUUACCAGACAUGAUUAUUUAGAACAGGAGAGACUAUUGUGCCUUUUAGUGGACUCUUUCAGACAAGUUAUCAUGUUGCAGCUGCACUGUGGGAAGAUUGCUCCUUAUGGGAUCUAAGCAAUAUGCAACUGCCAGAGAGUAUUAAACCAUGCUUCACUCCACCCAGAAAGGAGAAUUUACUGUAAUUGAGUCCCUAUCGUCUGAUGCCACCACAUCGAGAGAGGCGCCACCUGGGGUGCCACCGCUCCUAAGGCUGCACCGGUGAUCAGGAAGCACAGCUGUAUACACUAUAUUGUCAAAAGUAUUGUGACACCUGCCUUUACACGCACAUGAACA